AUGUUUCCAAGUCUCUUGUUGCUCAACCUAUUGCCUCUGGCCCUCGCGGCUCCAGCCAAGCGAGCUGAGCCGGCACCACUCCUUGUCCCACGAGGUGACACUAUCCCCGACAAGUAUAUUGUCAAGUACAAAGAGACUUUUGAUUUCUCAACUGCCGACAGCACCAUCAAGGAAUAUCAUGCCAAGGCGGAGAAAACGUACUCUCACAUCUUCAACGGAUUCGCUGGCGCGUUGAACGCGACGGCCAUUGAGACGCUCCGUAAUCAUUCUGCUGUUGAUUUUAUUGAAAACGAUGCGACUGUCAAGAUUAGCGCAUUUGCCGAACAGUCGGGCGCCCCUUGGGGUCUGUCUCGCAUUUCGCACCGACGGCCCGGAGGAAGUAGCUACGCCUAUGAUGACAGUGCCGGUGAAGGCACAUGCGCGUAUGUUAUCGAUACUGGAGUCGAGGCUUCGCAUCCAGAAUUCGAACGUCGAGCCCUGUUUCUUAAGUCUUUUGUUGCCGGAGAGAACUCUGAUCGCAACGGUCAUGGCACCCACGUGGCUGGAACCAUUGGCAGUAAAAGCUAUGGCGUGGCUAAGAAAACCACCAUCAUUGGAAUCAAGGUUCUGAGUGACCAAGGCAGCGGCGAUUACUCUGGCAUUCUUGCCGGUAUGGACCAUGCUAUCGAAGACUCUCGAACACGAAGCUGCCCCAAGGGCGUCGUCGCCAACAUGAGCUUGGGAGGCGGCUAUUCAGCUGCCAUCAACCAGGCUGCUGCAAAGAUGAUCCAGUCUGGUGUAUUCCUUGCUGUUGCGGCAGGAAACGACGCGAAGGAUGCCUCCCAAACGUCCCCUGCCUCUGAGCCUAGUGUAUGCACUGUAGGAGCAACGGAUUCUUCUGAUAGACUUUCCUCCUUUUCAAACUACGGGGCUGCUGUUGACAUUCUUGCCCCUGGAAGCAAUAUCCUGUCAACUUGGAUAAAUGGCGCUACUAACUCCAUCUCUGGUACUUCCAUGGCCACGCCACAUAUUGUUGGUCUUGGUGCCUACUUGGCUUCUUUGGAAGGCUUCCCCGGUGCUCAGGCUCUUUGCGAAAGAAUUCGCUCUCUAGCUACAAAAAAUACUAUUAGCAGUGUCCCAUCAGGAACUGUCAAUUUGCUUGCUUUCAACGGCAAUCCAUCUGGAUAA